UCUGGAGCAACACUUGCGCAACAUUUCGAUAUCUCCCUACCCCAUUUAGAUAGAUUAGGUACUAUUACAACACGCGCCUCACCGUGACCUACAGAUCAAUUUUAGACGUGCUCGCGCGCGUGCUUGCAUUGCCAAACACCCGCACACAUUAAUCCAAAUGAAAAUUCUAGUCGCAGUUCUGUGUACACUAAUUUUAGUGCAAGGAACAAAAUGUGCGAAAAUUCUCGGGGUUUUUCCAAUCCACGCAAAAAGCCACUAUUUUCUGGGUAGCAGCCUCAUGCGGGGACUCGCCGAAAAAGGGCACGAUGUGACUGUACUAAACACCUUCGGGGAAAAAAAUCCACCCAAGAAUGGGUCCUACAGAGACAUCAUUCUUACGUCGGAAAUGACCCAGGAUGGCGUAGCGUACGAUUUAUUCCAAAUCGUGGACCAAAACUUCGUUAUUUACAACCUGUUCAUGAACUGGAUGGGCAACACGGUCACUGAAAUCACCCUAGGGCACCCCGAAGUCCAAAAACUCCUGAAUUCCGGCGAAAAAUUCGACGUCGUGAUCAUGGAACAAUUCGUCAAUGAUGGUUUGAAAGUCCUGGCGCACCAAUUCCAGGCACCGUUGGUACUAUUCUCGACUUGCGGCUCCAACGCCUGGAUUAACCCCUUGGUGGGGAACCCGGCGCCACCGUCGUACGUUCCCGAGCAAAACAUCGUUUUCCAUUCGUCCAAUUUCUUCGAUCGACUCAGGAAUUCGAUCAUCUACACGUACGGCUAUAUAAACCGGCACUUGAUGUUCUUUCCAGCGCAGAACAAAAUCGUGAAGAAGUACUUCCCGGACGCGCCUGACUUGGACGUACUCUUGUACAACGCGUCUUUAGUACUAUUGAACUCCCAUUUAAGCACGAACAUGGCGGUACCCAGAGUACCGAACAUGGUCGACAUAGGCGGCUUUCACUUAAAACCACCGAAAAAACUACCCCAAGACUUGCAGAAGUAUCUGGAUGAAGCCAAAAACGGGGUUAUUUAUUUCAGUAUGGGAUCAGGUCUGCAAAGUACUAAUCUUCCAGUUGAGAAACGAGACGCCCUUUUGCGAGUUUUUUCCAAACUGAAGCAAAACGUUCUGUGGAAAUGGGAGAGCGAUGUUUUGCCGGGGCAACCAGCGAAUGUUAAACUAGGGAAGUGGCUGCCGCAGCAAGACAUUUUAGCACAUCCCAAUAUUAAGGCAUUUAUUACCCAUGGGGGUCUUUUGAGUCUGAUCGAAAGCGUAUACUAUGCCGUUCCAAUCCUAGCUAUUCCAGUAUUCGGGGACCAAAUCUGGAACGCUGAGGAGGCUGCAGCCAAUGGUUUAGGACGAUGCAUUCCCUAUAGCCAACUCGACGAAACUAAAUUCGAAGAAGCACUUAACGACGUGUUAAACAAUCAAAGAUAUCGCGAUAAUAUGAAGAGGAGAUCCAAGGUUAUGCACGAUCGUAGACAUACACCUUUAGACGACGCUGAUUAUUGGAUACGAUAUGUCAUUCGUCAUCAAGGGGCUCCCCAUUUGAAGGUAGCCGGAUUAGAGCUACCUUGGUACCAAUAUCUAGCUUUAGACGUCGUACUCUUUAUCGUGGCUGUGAUUUUCGUGGUAUUUUACUCGUUUUAUGUUUUGAUAAAAAUUGUGAAAAAAAUACGAAACGCACGAAGUCGUAGUAAAGUUAAGAGAAAUUAAUUGCGUAACACGAUAAUAUCUGAUAUGAUAUCUGUGAGUGGUUGAGAGAUUAGGAGACGUCUGUACGUAAUUUAUAGUGGUUGACACAGUUUCUACAAGCACUAGAGUCCAAUAAAGACAAACUAAAAAUGAA